AACACGGAAGCUGACCGCAGCGUCUCAGCUCGCUGCAGCUGCUCGGUGGAUCCGGUUCACACCGAAACAUUUAAAACGGUUCAAUUAUUUCUCCCGGGUUCGUUUCUUAUCGGUUCCGGCUGUGGAGCUUCGGCGCAGAUAAACGCAGCCGGCGGCAGAGGCAGAAAAGCAGUGAUGUCUGUCAUCAUUCAAACUCGAGGUGAAGUGGGCGGUGGCGUCGCUGCUCACCUGCAGUGCCCCCACUGUGGCCAUUUCUCAAAGAGCCACGCCCACCAGCUGUCCCACAUGGCGGCCUCCCACCCCGCCUGCCUGGACGGCGUGGUGGUGGGUCGCCUAGGCAACAUCCUGAUGUACCAGGGCACCGCCCGGCUGUACCACUGCUCCGACUGUUUCUACACCAGCCGGGACUUCACCAAGCUGUACAAGCACAUCAUCUCCAAACACUGCAUGGACGAGAGGGAGGGGGGAGGAGGGGGAGAGGGAGGAGAUGAUGGGAGUGAUGGGGGAGAGAAGGAGAAGGCGGGAGAGGAAGGUGAGGAGGAGGAGAAGGAGGGAGGGAAGGAUGAUCUGAAAAGAAAGAGGAGCAGUGAGGCUGAGGAGGAGGAGGAAGGGGAGGGAAAUGAAGAGGACGGCGGCCCACAGAGGCCGGAGGCGAAGGAGACGAACAUUGAAGGAGACGAAAGCGUUCUGAUGUUCGACGGCGCCGGUUACCGCUGCCUCAUCUGUGGCUGGAAGAACAAGCUGAAAGCUCUGGGCGUCAACCACGUGGUGAGGAAGCACGACAUCCCCAAAGCGUACGCCUCCCAGGCCGUCAGACGGGACGCCGCUCCGCCCAAACAGACGCAGAGCAGCGGGGCGGCGGAGGAGGAGGAGGUGGCCGGGCUGAGCGGAGACCUGCUGAAGGAGGAGAUGGAGGCAACGGCCAAGGUGGUGCGCUUCAUCUCCAACCGCUUCGUCUGCCUCAUCUGUGGCUGGAAGACCAAACUCAAAGGUUUCGCCAUCAGUCACGUGGUGCGCAGCCACGACGUGGAGCGUCCGUACAGCUGCAAGGACUGCAAGCGUUCCUUCUUCCUGCCCAGCCGCCUGCAGCAGCACGUCAGAGCGUCUCACCGGCCCGGACGCUACGCCUGCCCCUUCUGCUGCUUCAGGUCCCACUACCUGGGAGGGUUCAGGAGGCACUGCAGCCGCUGCAACGCCCGGGAGGAGGAGGAGGGCGGAGGAGGAGGGGGGGCAGCAGCAGUAGGAGGAGGUGGAGGAGGAGGAGGAGGAGGAGGAGGAGGAGGGGAGGAUGAGGAGGGGGAGGAGAACGAGGAGGAGGAGGAGGGAGAGGAGAGGAAGGAGACAAGAGCGGGGAGGAAACGACGGAGAACAGGGAGGGUGAUAGAAGAGGAGGAGGAAGAAGACGAGGAUGAAGAAUGAGUGGAGAGGGAGGAAGGAGGAACUCAGGGCUGGAAGACGCCAGCUUUGACAAAAUGUGUGAAAGAUACGACGGGAAAAUUAAUACCAACAGUAUUUUUCAUUUCCUGAAAAAUCCAUGUCAUUUAAAAACAGUCAGUUCUCCGUGUUUUCCAUCAUGUUUUGAGAAAACAACAACAACAUGAAUGAAUCUCUCAGAUCUCAACAAACUGACGAGUCAAACAGAGAUCGUCCUGAACGCAGCUCGUUAGUCCGUACGACCACACACACACACACACACACACACACACACACACACACACACACACACACCUCCACCUGUUCACUGUGACCCGGUGACGCUCAUGUAAACCCGUUAGUGACUGUUUCAGUUCCACCACAGAAACGUUUGAUUCUGCUCCUUUAAAUAAUGAAUAAAGUUUUUUUUUUUUUUUACAGCUCGGAUUAUUAAACGUGUUGUUGAUGAAGCUGCUGCUGUUGUCAUGGAAACAGUUUUAGUAGAUACAUCUUUUGUAUUUUCUCUGAACCUUUAUAAAUUCCAAUGAAGGAAAUUUACUUCCAAACUUCUGCUGGUUCACGACUCGAAGGGUUUGAACUGAAGAUGUUUGAUGUUUGUUUUUUCACCAUUUCUUCAAUUGACCAAAUGAUUAAAUCGAUUGAUCCUGAAGAUAAUCAGCAUAAUAAUCAAUAAUAAAAACUAAAUGUUAGUUGCAGCCCCAGUGUAUAAACUAGUUGAAAACAGCUCUUGAUUAUUCUUCUGUACUUUUAAUUAAACUGUUUUUUUUAGUUUGUUGUACUUUAGUAAAAGAUCAGAAUAUUUCUUCACUAUGAAAUAUAAAUAAAUAAUGUUACACACUGAAGA